GUUGUGAGAUCUAUGGCUUCUUGCAAUGUGUAUUUGGGUUCGCUUCUCUCAAUACCGCGGUGAGGCUUUCAGUCGAUCGAUAUUUAAUUAUUGUUCUGCCAUUUAAAUCAAGAAUGAGCCACCGACGUGCCUUAUUGAUGAUUGCAGUCGCAUGGUGUUGGUCCCUUAUUUGGAGCUCUCCACCCUUCUACGAUUUUGGUCGCUAUAUCCCGGAUGGACUACAGACAUCUUGCUCUUUUUACUAUCUUACACGCAACGUCAACAAUUGUAUACAUAUCGCCGGAAUGCUUAUUUUUGAAUUACUGAUUCCAGUCGGAACAAUUUUCAUCUUGUUCAUUGUAUGGGGUCCCUACUCUGUAUUGGCCUUUCUUUCUCUUAACGGUUAUCGCAGCAGCUUGACAUCCCUUUCCGUCGAGGUGGCUAUGCUUUUUUCCAAGUUCCAUUCUGUCUGCAAUCCUGCGGUUUACGCAUUUAUGAAUGCAAGAUUUCGCAUUCGUUUGGUCAAAAUUAUGUCGUGCCAGAUUCAGUUAUGGAGGGCAGGUUGCAGUUGUCUAAUUCCGCCCUCCUACACUUAA